AUGCCUUCUCUCUCCGACACAUCUAGCGAGACGGACGUGGUUGUAAUUGAGACGACAGACGUGAGCAACUACAACCCUGAACAGGUCUUACCGGAGCCAGACGAGACUAUCGAAAAGAUACGUGCAUGGCUGCAGCCAACCGCGUAUGACUUGGGAAGUGGCGAGUAUCUCAAGCAUCUCGGCACCCAUGCCCCGGGAACCAGCUCUUGGGUGACCGGCACUGGAUCCUACCAGCAAUGGCUCAGCAGUGAGAGGGAUGGCCUUCUAUGGUGUGAAGGCAUCCCAGGAUCUGGGAAGUCUGUACUCGUAUCAAAGCUGAUACAUGACCUCGCUCAAUCUCACCCUGGGGUGCCAGUUCUAUACUUCUUCUUUCGCCAGAUCAUCGAUGCAAACCACCAACCCGCUUCGCUAUUGAGAGAUUGGCUGGACCAAAUCUUGAAAUACAGCCCUCCCCUUCAGAAGCAACUCAAGGGGUAUGUCGAGUCUAGACGCGAGCUCGGUAGUAUCGCCAUGGAGGACCUCUGGAGAGACCUUCGUAUGGCCAUAGCGAACCUUCCGGGCAAAGUGUUCUGCAUGGCUGAUGCCCUCGACGAGAUGGACCAGGGAAAUGAAGUGUUCCUCAAGUCCCUUGGGAUAUUCGGAAAUUGGAGACCGGAUAAGGUCAAAGUGCUGAUUUCAAGCCGCCCCAUCCCGAAUGUUGAGGUUGCCCUCCAGCACACAGCUCACCUGCAUAUACGGCUUGAAGAAGCUCAAGUUGAUGCUGAUAUCGCCACCUAUGUGGAGCAGAACUUGGGUAGAUCGUCUAUCAGCGCACAAUCUCAGGAGUCAAUCAGACAUGCGAUCCCUGGCCGGGCUAAAGGCAUCUUCCUUUACGCCAAACUAGCAAUGGAUGCCUUCCUGGCGCCUAAUGCUGAUGUAGAGAGCGUUUUGUCGCGACUUCCUGCAGAUCUCAAUGAUUUGUACACCAGACUUUUGCAGGAACAUUCUACAAGAUCAGGGGUGCCUGACGAUAUACAGAGGCUCAUCCUCCAGUGCGUCACACAUGCUGUACGGCCCCUUCGACUCAUUGAGAUUGCUGAGAUGCUACGUGUCACAUAUCCUUCGGGGAAUAUCCGCGACCGCAAGUCCGCUAAGGACUUGGUAAGGGCCGCGUGUGGACCUUUAUUGGAGAUACUUCCCGAUGAGACGGUCUGUGUUAUUCAUCAUUCAUUCACGGAGUAUCUUAAGGGUAUGACGAGAGUGGGGGUGGAUUCUGGGUACCCCAUCUUACUGCAUGGCCCUUCAAACGAUGGGCUUGCUCUCGCCUGCCUAACCUAUCUAUCUUCCGGUGCUCUAGACGAUAUCGCACUGUCGCUAGCAAACCAAACCAAGACACCAAGCACGAAUGUCUUUGUAGGGUUCGAUGAGCCAGAAUUUAUUGAGCAUAUACAGAUGAGCGACAAGGAAAGGUUCAUUGUCAAAUUGAAGCACCCUUUUCUGGAAUAUGCCUCUGAGAAUUGGCACAUCCACGUUGCGAGAUCAGAUACUACUGGCUGUGAGCAAUCCAGAAUUUACGCAGUUCUGGAUGGGAUAAUUUCCAAUCACAACCUUUGGGAGCCUUUGCUGGUACUAACUGGGGAGACGCAUUUGAAGGACUUGACGGCAUUGCAUGUGAUCGCCAAAAAAGGCCUGAGCUCCGCUUGUCAAAGGCUCAUCGACGUCAAAGGUGCUGACGUGAAUGCUGUAGAUGCCAAAGGAGCGACUCCUCUUUGGCUGGCUGCCAGCGUCGGUCACGCCGAAGUCGUGAAAAUCCUAAUAGAAGCUGGCGCGAAUCCUGAUCAUGACCAUGGGUACAACGGCCUCAAGCCACUGCACUUGGCGGCCAAAGGGAAUAACUUUCAUUGCGCGAGUGAACUGCUCAAGGCUGGCGUCGACCCUUUAACCAAGAAAACAAAGGAGGAUCCUGGGAACUGGUGCGGGAACGCACCAAGGACUUUUGGCCAUACGCCACUUAUGUACGCAUGUCAUUCUGGGCAUCUUGAAACGGUAGAUGUCUUCCUGCAACAUAUCAAAGAUGUUGAUAUCGCGCACCAAGCUCUUGCAUGGGCGACAGAAAACGGUCGCUCCAAGGUGAUCAAAAGAAUUCUGCAGUAUCCGGGGAUUGAUGUCAAUGCAAAGGUACGCGGAGAUACACCUCUUCUGCUUGCCUGUGCUACACAGAAUGCUGAAGUGGUGGUGAUGCUCGUGAAAGCUGGAGCAAAUCCAAACAUCUUGUGCCGGGGGAGCGGCGACGAAUUUGGCGGCAUCGGCACCUACGACUAUGCAUUUUACCUCGACAAUGACCCAUCACUUGGCCUGUCUCCGCUACAUAGACUGUGUGCUGUCUCUAGCGAACAUCAGUAUUCCGGAGGAGCGUCUGGUCAAGACCUCACGCUGAUGUUGAACACUCUUCUGGAAGCAGGUGCCGAUAUCCACCAAAGAUGCCCGCACGGAAAGACACCGUUGCAUUUCGCCGCGGGGGACUCGGAGCCUGGAUUAAAUGGUUUGCUAAUAAGUCGUCUUCUGCUUGAACGAGGAGCUGAUGCAAAUGUCGUCUGCAAAAGGGGUCUGACACCACUCCAUUACGCCCAAUCAUGGACUAUAAUGAAGCUCCUCGUUGAGGAGAGUCACGCUGAUAUAAACAAACAGGAUAGCGAGGGCCGGUCUCCACUAUACAGUAUGCUUGACUCCUAUGGCAUCUCCCGUCCCUCAUCACGGUCUAUAACAAGGUUUAUGGAUCUGAAUCCAGAUGUGACUCUUCUCGACAAAGGUGGCAACAGCAUUCUUCAUAUGAUUCUAGCCAAGAGCCCCCCAAACUUAGCCAUAUUAUCCAGGCUUCUCGAUAUGGGUGCGAACCCAAAUCAAAAGAACCGCAGAGGCGAGGCCCCGCUGCAAAUGACAAGAGGACCGGAUAAGGAUUUCUACAAGAUCUUAGAUAUAAUGAUCGCGGCUGGAGCUGAUAUCGAUGUUAAGGACAAGAAUGGCGCUACAUUCCUGUUUCGUACCGUGGCACAGGGAGGAAGAAAAAAGGAGGUGACAAGCUUAAUACAGCAGCUACUUGACCGGGGCGCCUCGAAAGACCAGCGGGAUUUCAGAGGCCGAACCAUGCUGCAUGAGGCGAUCAAGUAUGACCAAGGCCGCUCUACCUACCAUUCAACGUAUGAUGAACCAGAUGGCGCCCGUCUGGACUUUCUGCUCGGUCUCGGAAUCGAUAUCGGGGUGACUGACCAUGACGGGAACAAUCUUCUCCACGAGCUUGCUGAGCGCGACGCCAUUAGCGACUGCGAUUUCACCUUGGUCUGGAAGAAGCUCCUUUCGCACGGCCUUGACCCCGACUCCAGGAACAACUUUGGUCACACUCCGCUGCAUACAUUCUGUAGCUACAUGCAGUCGAAUGGGGGCAAGGCGUUAGGAUUCAAACUCCUACUUUCAAAGAUGCGGAAUGUGGAUGUGACGGACCAAGAUGGCCUAACUCCUUUGCAUUUUGCUGCCACACUAUCCGAGUGUAGUGUCAAAAUGCUGCUUGCGGCUGGGGCCAAUCCAGCUGCUGAAUCUUCAGAGGGUUUGACGCCUCUGCACCUUGCUGCUAGGUCGAGGCAGAGCAACAUCGUCGGACUGCUGCUGGAUGCUCUUCACAAAGAUUCCGAUGUCCACAUGACGGAUGAUGGCGCGCCCAGCUUACAAUCCUGGGAGCCUGCGGGCCGAUGGCAAGGCAAGCAUAAUGCUGCAGUAGAUAUAGGAGUCGGAGGUUCGACACCGCUGUCAUAUGCUUGUGCAUCAGGUAGGCCGGAGACAGUCUCUCUGUUGCUUGCAGCGGGCGCAGAAGUCCACGGCAGGAACCUCUUCACCGCUUGCGCGCAAUUUGAAGCCGAGUCCAGACUUUGGGACGCUAUGAUACCCCAGAACAAUCGAGAGAGAAAUGGCAAGGCGGGCGGACUCAGGCUUGGAGAUACGUCGCGCCCAGACUUGGGUGAUAGUGACAAGCGUCCUGUAUCCUACCAAUUCGAAGGUUUGGCGCCAAACCGGGACACAGCCAGACUUGAGGAGAUUAUAGACAUGUUGCUACCCCGCUACGCCGAUAUUCCUUGUCCCUCCCGUAGGGAAAAGUCUAUUCCUGGGGGUUUUGUACCUGGGCCUUUCGAAAACUCUAUCAAAGCAGAUAUGACUUAUACUAUUCAAAACUUGGCGAGAGCACGGGAUGCAUGGGCGGAAGACAAACCUAAGCCGGCUGAUUUAUUCCAAAAAAGGAAACCAUUCGUCGAGCACAGCAUUAGCUAUCGCCAGAUGGCUUUAGCGACAGCCUUACGUGAGUUCCCGCAUCUCGAACAAGGGAAACAAAACUACGACCUGUUCCGGGAAAGGCUCGAGUUGAGACAGUACAACCUUGUGGAGAAGAUGUUCGAAGCUGGGGUCGAUUUUCUGUCUGCAAACCAGAAAGGAAGCAAUAUGUCUAUUCUGGUACGAUACGGUUUCUACGCCCUGCUGAAGAGAAUCGGCGUACGCGUAGCUGAGUUGGAGUUUGCUGGAGGAAUGUGGCAUACCUUUGGCGACAAGACGAAGCCAGGCCUUUACCGCGAAAGGGGCGCUUGGAAUGACCAGGAAUCCUACCAACCAUUCACCCUCCAGGCUGUCUCCCGUGAAUUGCCAAACAUGGAGGUACUUGGCGUGCUGGUUGAGGACCUUGGGGUAGAUGUGGAUGAGUUCCAGUACAAAAAGGAAUGGAUCGGUAAAGAGUACGUCAUGGCCCCUGUUGAAAAUGCUCUUCACCAUGUGGCGAAAGGGAAAUUUUGGUGGCAGAUGGCUUUGGCCCUUCCAUAUCUCCUCGAACGGGGAGCGGACAUCGAGAAACGCGAUUUCCGGGGUCGGACUCCGUUGCAUACGGCUCUUCAUGGCAGCGGCGGAUACGGCAAGGAUCUCUACCAGCAAGAGAUUGUCGCCACUCUGAUUGGAGCCGGGGCAAAUGUCAAUGCUGUAGAUGAGAAUGGCAUCAGUUGCCUGGCGCUCGCAGGAAAGAAUAUCGACUUGGUCAAGAUGCUCAUUAGGCAUGGCGCGACUUUCGAAGCUGAUGUACUCUUCAGUGCUAUCGAAACCCAUCAGCCAGAGAUCCUGGAAUGCCUUCUGUCAGCUGGGGCUGAUCCAAACACGUACCGGGAAAAGCCCCCAGAGGAUAACUUUUGGGCACAAGUUCAUGUUCGGUGGCCGCUGCACCACGCUGCCCGCCAGUACAGCGACCGGACACCGGGCUCAAUUGAGUCUCGCAAGACCACGCGUAAUUCUGUCAUCAAACUAAUGGAAAUUCUCCUUUCAUAUGGUGCUGAUCCAUUCGCCAAGUAUUCGAGAGACAAACUAGAGGAAUCUCACGAAGACGAUGAGCCUGGCUCAACGCAGAGCGAAGAAGCCUUGGUACUCCAUGACCUCCUCAUGCUGGGAGAUCUCGUGCACCCUAUACUUCUCAACCCCAAAUUGGAACUCGAGCGUACAGAUCCUUACGGACGCACACUGUUUCUCGCGGCAUGCUAUGGAUCGAGCGGACCCGAUGUGCAGGUCGACAAACUACGUGGCGAAGACUGGCUCGAGUCCACUCAGCCGACACUACUUGAACAUUUCUUGUCGCGCGGCGCAAACCCACUUGCCCGUGAUAGCCGAGGUCGAAACGCGUUGCACCAAAUGCUCAACUAUCCCGAGCUCGUGGAUCAGGCCGACUCUUUGGGGAAUUCGCCUUUGCUAAUUGCAUUGCAUGCUGCCGAGAGCAAUGUAACAGCCGCCGAAGCCCUCAUCAACGCUGGGGCGGACGUUCUCGCCGUCGAUAAUGAUGGGAAUACUGCGCUGCAUAUCUUGUGCCGAAAGUGCCCCCGUGAUAUGCGCCGCGAUCUUCUGCAAACGCUCCUUGCACGAGGGCUCGACGUGAACACACGGAACAAGAAGGGCCAGACGCCGCUGUUUGAAUUCUACGGAUCGCCAGUCGGAGACCCGGAUCAUUUGAUGCAAUACUACGGGAUUGAUUGUAUCAAGGCCGAAAAGGAGGUCUUGGAGAUCUUCGAUACUGCUGGCGCUGACUUCGCAAUGGUGGAUGAAGAGGGGCGUGGGCUGUUGCAUGUAGCCGCGAAGGCCGACGCAUGGCGCUUCAAAAUUCUCUUGGAUAGGGGCUUGGACGUCAAGGUCGAGGAUGCUCAGAGGCAGACGGCACUCGACAUUGCGGCAGCAUCUGGCAAUCGCAAUGUGUUGAAGCUGUUUGAGCGGAAGAAAUGA